GACUGAGACCGGACCUGGCGGGUUGCGUUGAGAAGGGAGUGAAAGCAGACGAGAGGAGAGAAAAAAAGAAAGGAAGGGGAAAACAGAAUCCCGGUUCUGGAAUGGGCUGUGAAGAUCAUCUUUUAUUGCUGGGGAGUCUGCAAUUCAGACUCAACCAGGGACUGACUCCGGGGCAUGCAAAAUGGCCCGCCUUCAAAGUCCAGCAUUUGGUGGUAACAACCAGAGAGUCUGGCAGCUCUGCGGGGAUAGGGCUGGGAUAAGGAGGAGACGUAGCCCCGCACUCGCGAAGUUGCAAGGAGAAAAAACUUAUCAAGCAAAGCGAGGGUCUGCGCACAGUGCACAAGUGGAGAGGAGAAAUAGGAACGCAGAGGCGCCCCCUCUCUCCCUGCUGCCGAAAAUCCUUAUCUAUUACAUGGCAGGAGGGGCGGGUAGACUUAGGGAUAGUGAAGAUACCAACACAGCUCAUCCGGAGUCUUCCUUGUAUCUCAGAACCCGUCCUCAGUAAGAAUGGCAGAUAAGGUUGACUGGUUACAAAGCCAAAAUGGCGUAUGCAAAGUUGAUGUCUAUUCACCUGGAGACUUCCAACACCAGGACUGGAAAAUGGAUGCAUCAACGGAUCCUGUCCGAGUGCUCAGCUGGCUCCGCAAAGACCUGGAGAAAAGUACAGCAGGGUUCCAGGACUCGAGGUUCAAGCCUGGAGAGUCCUCAUUUGGGGAGGAAGUGGCUAUCCCAGGAGACCAACGCAAAGGUUUCUGUGUCGACUACUACAAUACCACCAACAGGGGCAGUCCGGGGAGAUUGCAUUUUGAGAUGACACACAAGGAGAACCCUCCUCCGGGCCCCAUUGCCCACGUUGGUAAUGGGAGUUCCAUAGAUGAAGUUUCCUUCUAUGCCAACCGCCUCACAAACCUAGUGAUAGCCAUGGCCCGAAAGGAGAUCAAUGAGAAGAUCCAUGGCUCUGAAAAUAAAUGUGUCCAUCAGUCGUUCUUUAUGGGGGAUGAGCCCACACCCCACAAGAGCUUGAGUACAGUAGCCUCCGAGCUGGUGAAUGAGACCGUCACUGCGUGUUCCAAGAACAUCGCUGGUGACAAAGCUCCGGGCUCUGGAGACAGAGCCUUGGGGUCAGUACACAGCCCUGGUCUAAGAUACAAAAGCACUUUGAAGAUCAAGGAAAGCACUAGGGAUGGCAAGUGCCCAGACGACAAGCCUGGUUCUAAGAAGUCUUUCUUCUAUAAGGAAGUGUUUGAAUCUCGGAAUGCAGGGGAUGCCAAGGACGGUGGAAGGUCCUUACCUGGAGAGAGAAAGCUGUUCAGGGGCCAGGACAGGCCUGACGACUAUACAAACUCUGUCAGUCAGGGGAUCAUGACCUAUGCCAACAGUGUGGUGUCCGACAUGAUGGUCUCCAUCAUGAAGACCCUGAAGAUCCAGGUGAAAGACACCACCAUCGCCACCAUUCUGCUGAAGAAGGUACUGAUCAAGCACACCAAAGAGGUGGUCUCCGAUCUCAUCGACUCGUUCAUGAAGAACCUCCACAAUGUCACAGGGAGCCUCAUGACUGACACAGACUUCGUCUCAGCUGUGAAACGAAGUUUUUUCUCUCAUGGAAGCCAAAAGGCCACAGAUAUCAUGGAUGCCAUGCUGGGUAAACUGUACAAUGUAAUGGUUGCCAAGAAAUUCCCCGAGAACAUAAGGAAAGCCAGGGACAAGUCUGAGAGCUACUCCCUUAUCUCCAUGAAAUCGCGGCCUGGUGAUCCUAGGCAACCCAACAUGAACUUUGAGAUGAAAUCGGAAGCAAAGCUAAGGGAGAGUCUGUUUUCUGCGUGCAUCCCAGAGAAAGAGAAGAGCUGUGCGGAGACCCUGGGCGAGCACAUCAUCAAGGAGGGGCUGACCAUGUGGCACAAGGCUCAUCAGAAAGACUGUAAGCCCCCUGGCAUCGAUCUUCCUGCGAAACCGUGUCACCCUCAGCCAGAGGUUUCUGUUGAGAUUCCAGAUCCUUGUGACUUAAGCCCUCCUCCACAGCAACCAGAGCCUUUUGAAAAAUUUAUGUGUGAAUCAGAUUCCUGGGCCAAAGACUUGAUUGUGUCAGCCCUACUUCUGAUUCAGUACCACCUGGCCCAGGGAGGAAGAAUGGACCCUCAGAGCUUCCUGGAAGCUGCUGCCACCACCAACUUCCCCGCCAGCAAGCCGCAGGCAGUGCACGACGAGCCCAGACUUAAGUCUCCUCAUAAGAUGUGUGACCAAGAACAGACAGAGAAGAAGGAUCUCAUGAGUGUCAUCUUCAACUUUAUCCGGAACUUACUCAGUGAGACCAUAUUCAAGAGUAAGCGUAAUAGUGAAUCCAAGGCACAGGGCGUUAAGGAAGAGGAGAUCCAUCAGUGUGAAAGGCCUGUGACCCCUCCUGCCCCGAAAUUCUGUGAGGAAGAGGAGGUGGAGGAGACUGAUGGUGCCUUAUCUGGGCUCACCAAGAUGGUCGCCAACCAGCUAGAUGGCUGUAUGAACGGGCAGAUGGUGGAACACCUGAUGGACUCUGUGAUGAAGUUAUGCCUCAUCAUUGCCAAGUCCUGUGACUCUCCCUUGUCAGAGCUGGGAGAUGAGAAGUGUGGGGAUGCCAGCAGGCCAAAUUCUGCCUUCCCAGACAACCUGUAUGAAUGCUUGCCAGUCAAGGGCACGGGAACAGCUGAAGCCCUCCUGCAGAACGCCUACCUAGCCAUCCAUAACGAACUGAGAGGUUUGUCAGGACAGCCCCCCGAGGGAUGUGAAAUACCCAAGGUGAUCGUCAGCAACCACAACCUGGCUGACACUGUUCAGAACAAGCAGCUGCAAGCUGUCCUGCAGUGGGUAGCUGCCUCCGAGCUCAACGUCCCCAUUUUGUACUUUGCUGGCGAUGAUGAAGGGAUCCAGGAGAAGCUGCUUCAGCUCUCGGCCGCUGCUGUGGAGAAAGGCCGCAGCGUCGGGGAGGUUCUGCAGUCGGUGUUGAGGUAUGAGAAGGAGCGACAGCUGGAUGAGGCGGUGGGAAACGUCACGCGACUGCAGCUGCUGGACUGGCUGAUGGCAAACCUGUGAUUGGGGCCUACCCGGUGUUCCGGCAGUGGGCCGUGUCCUCACUCCCUCAGCUUCCCUCCCUAAAGUUCCCUUCACGCCACUCACACCACAUGCACCAUCUAACGCUACUCACUGGAUUUUGCAGAUUUUCUUGUCCAUGCGAGCAAGGACAUAAAUUAAAAGAUUACAAUUAAAGGGCUGCACAAGUUUUGCUUCCUUUUAUUUGAAAAGUAAAGCUGCACCCUCUCUGAGAAAGCCACCAGAAGUAGGAGGGCAGGGACAGAUGGCGGAGCGGCCCAGUGGCCCACUCAGUUCCUUGCUGUCCUAGCUGUGAGCUGAUUAAACUGCUCCCUUAAAAUCGACCACAAUGGGUUUAUUUUAUUUUGUUUCCAUCCUUUAGAACCACGACAACCAGAAAACAGUUUCUUACAGUCUGUGAAAAUCAUUCACAUUGUGGUUUGUGGGUAUGGCCCCAUGUCCAAUCUGCACAACUGUGGGACCACUGCCCACCUCCGACUGUACCCACAGUUCAAGAUAGAGGUGAAACAGCCCCAGCGGCUGUGGGUGUGGUAGAUGUAGCCAGUGCAUUCCUAGGUCAUCCCAGUGGCAAAAAGGAAAACACUGAUCUACAGCUGAGUUCUCGGUGGUGGAUGGUACUGCAGGCCUGCAGUGCUCACAUUUGGGCAGUGGAGGCCGUAGGUUUGGUAGUUAAGGUGACCCUCUGCCUCAUAUCUGGUUCCGAUCUAAACUACUUGUAUGUCUUUAUUUGGGGCAAGACAUGCCUACCACAGCCCAGGUGUGGAGACCAGAGAUCAGUUCUCCUCUUUACCACGAGAGGUCUGGAAGGUAAGGAAGAAACUCAAGCUAUUCAUUAGGUCUGGCUGCAGUCGCUUACCCAUUGAGCCAUCUUGCUAGCUUUAUUUUAGAGGAUACUGUUGUAGGGGGGACUACUUGUUUGUCCCAACUGCCCAGAACCGAAGUAACCACAUAGAAACUAUAUUCAUUAAAUCACUGUUUGGCCCAUUAGCUCUAACUUCUUAUUGGCUAACUCUUACAUCUUAAUUUAACCCAUCUCCAUCAAUCUGUGUAUUACCACAAGGGUGUGGUCUACCAGCAAAGUUUCAUCACUUCUCCAGUGGCGGAUUCAUGGUGUCUCUCUGACUCCACCCUCUUUCUCCCAGCAAACAGCCUAGCUUUCCCCACCUAGUUCAGUUCUUCCCUGCCAUAGGCUCAAAGCAGUUCUUUAUUAACCAAUGAAAGCAACACAUAGACAGAAGGACCUCCUACACCAGGAUACAGCCAGUGUUUCUUGUUGGGAGGUGGGGGGUCUAAACCAGAAUUGGCUGAGUUCCAGCCAAUCAAAACACCACCGAAGCCAGCUUUUCACUUGGGUGCUAGGGACCACUUUCAAGCCCUCCUGGUUAUGCAGCAACCACUCUACCUGCUAAGCUGUGCCCCUAACCCAAGACUGCGCUUUGAAGAGAAUGUGGGUAAUCCGUUAACCUCCAAGCUGAGCCUGUAAUCAGAACAAGCUAGCUACAGAAGGGGGAAAGUGAAGGGAGGCAAGAGGGAAUCUGAGCUGUUCCCCAACUGUACAAACCAAUAAACUGAUACGAAGCCAUGGACUUAGUCAUUUGGUAAAUAUCUGCCACAUAAACAUAAGGACUUGAGUUCAAUAGCCAGGAUCAGCGGGACAAGGCCAGACAUGGACCUUGUGGUAAAGAUGACUGUGUGGUAAAGAGUGCUUGCUCGUUCUUCAAGAGGACCAGAGUUCGGUUCCCAGCACCCACAUCAGACAGCUCACAACCACCUGCAACUCCAGCCCCAG